GGGAGAGUACUUUGUUAGAUUGAUUGCUAGGAAACUAUAUAUGGGACUUAUUGGUUAAGCCAAACGGUUCAGCUAAUAUUAAGAGCUCCAAUGGCGAGAUUAUUCUCGUUUCCCCUCCUUCACUUCUCCGCGCCAACGCCAUUUAUGUUACCUGCUUCGCCCACCGCUCGAUCCCUGCCUUUCUCAGCAGCACUACAUUUUUCAAGCACAAAAAUCCAUGGAGAGCACACCAGAGCCAGAGCUAUUCGGGAGUGGCAAGAAUACGAAGAAGCAGUUAACAGGAAGGAUCUCGGGCGGGCCCUUCGCAUCCUCAGAGACGUCUCUUUAGAGCUCGAUAUUGCCUCUACUGAGCCAACUCGAGCAGCAAGUGGCGAGUUGGGUUUAAUGGGAUUGCAGAGGGAUUGGGAAGUGUUGGACACGUGCCUGAACGCUGAUGACCUGAGACUCGUUGGGAGCGCCUAUGCGUUUCUCAAAGAUCGAGGGUUUUUGCCUAAUUUUGGGAAAUACAGUAGCAUUGUUUUAGAGGGACCAAGAGAAGUUACGCCAGCUGUAUUGGAGUCUUCAACAGGUUUGGAAGUUUCAAAAUUUUCUCCUAAAAAAUGGGGACUUUCUGGAAGCUCUAGUCUUCUUCUGAUUGCUCUAUUUUCCGGAGUGUCUAUUCUGCUCAAUCAAGGAAUAGAUAUCAGACCAAACCUUGCCGCAAUUUUGGGAUUGUCAAUGCUGGAUGCUAUUUUUCUUGGUGGCUCGUGCUUAGCUCAGAUCUCUUGUUAUUGGCCUCCAUAUAAGCGUCGAAUUUUGGUUCAUGAAGCUGGCCACCUUCUUGUAGCAUACCUGAUGGGUUGCCCAAUCCGUGGUGUAAUUUUAGACCCAAUUGUUGCAAUGCAAAUGGGAAUUCAGGGACAGGCAGGAACACAAUUUUGGGAUGAAAAACUUGAAAAUGAGCUGGCUGAGGGCCGUGUUAGUGGAACUGCAUUUGAUCGAUACUGCAUGGUGCUUUUUGCUGGAAUUGCGGCUGAAGCUCUUGUAUAUGGUGAGGCUGAGGGAGGAGAGAAUGAUGAAAACCUAUUCAGGAGCAUCAGUGUACUUCUAGAACCUCCACUCUCCGUAGCCCAGAUGUCUAACCAAGCCCGUUGGUCCGUACUCCAAUCACACAAUCUUCUAAAGUGGCACAAACACGCCCAUCGGGCUGCCGUCAAAGCUUUGGAAAAAGGAGACAAUCUGAGUGUAGUCAUAAAGAGGAUUGAAGAAGCCAUGUCUUCUGUUAUCAUUUUCAGUGAUUUAAAAGCCGCCGGAAUGAGUAGUUGGAGAAAUCUCGUGCUUCGAAUCGGCGAGAAGUGCUCGGAGUAUGGCGGCAAUGCCGAUUAUAGAGACCAAAUAGAGACUUGUUUCGGCGUGGUUCGUCGCGAAUUGUCACAUUCUCGUGAAGACAUUCUGUCUUUCCUUCUCCAGUGUGCCGAACAGCUGCCUCACAAGAUGCCUUUGUAUGGAACGCUGGUUGGUUUGUUAAAUUUGGAAGACGAAGAUUUUGUGAGGAGAGUUGUAGAGAACACACAUGACAGUUUGCAGAUUGCAUUAGAUACUGGAAAUUGUAACAGGGUUCGCAUACUUAUGCGCUUUCUGACCGUCUUGAUGUGCAGCAAAGUUCUCAUACCGAGCGCCUUAAUGGUUUUGUUUGAAACAUUGUUAUCGUCAGCAGCAACAACAGUCGAUGACGAUAAAGGAAAUCCCUCGUGGCAAGCUUGUGCAGACUUUUAUAUCUCUUGUAUUUUAUCAUGUCUUCCUUGGGGUGGAGCAGAACUUGUUGAGCAAGUUCCAGAGGAGAUCGACAGGGUCAUGGUGGGAAUACAAGCCUACAUGAGCAUAAGAAGGCAUGUCUCUGAUGCUGGCUGCUCUGUAUUUGAGGGUAUUGAUGGUAAAAAUCAGGGUGUUGUUGAACAGGAUUUCUUGGAGGAUCUAUGGAGCCGUGUUCAAGAUCUUUCCAACAAGGGCUGGAAGCUGGAUAGUGUUCCUAGACCACAUCUUCCAUUUGAACCACAACUUGUUGGUGGGAAGUCUCAUGAUUUUGGCCCCUUAACCUGCCCCGAGCUUCCUGAUCCACCCGCUUCGGCGACUGGAAUUGCCUAUGAGAAACAGAAACAUGAAGCUGAACUAAAAUAUCCUCAGCGAAUAAGGAGGCUCAAUAUUUUUCCUUCUAGUAAGACCGAGAACUUGCAACCUAUUGAUCGAUUCGUUGUGGAGGAGUAUUUGUUGGAUGUUCUCUUUUUCUUAAAUGGAUGUGGUUUUCUGUCGCUGGUUCGUAUGUGUAUUUUCUGGAAAGAUAAGGUGGUUGAUAACUGGAUUUGUAAUAUAGAUAAUGAAUUGUUUAUCUCUUCAGUUUUAUCUACGAGAAUCAUUUUGUUACAAUCUUCUUGUUCUUUUGUUUUUGGUUACUGCAAAGCUAGUCGAAAGGAAUGUGCUUCAUCCAUGGUUGGCCUGCCUGUUCCUUUCCGAUAUGAGUACCUAAUGGCUGAGACGAUAUUCUCUCAGAUCCUCUUAUUGCCUCAACCACCAUUCAAGCCAAUCUAUUAUACAUUGGUCAUUAUGGACCUUUGCAAGGUGCCCCUUAAUUUUUCCAAAUUUAAUUUGUCGUUGCUGACUUCCAAAAUGUGGUUGGUACCUUUCAGUGUUCUAACUAAAGUUCCAUUCCAGGCUCUUCCAGGUGCCUUCCCUGCAGUUGUAGCAGGAGCUGUUCGUUCUCUUUUUGAUAAAAUUGCAGACCUGGACAUGGAGUGCCGUACACGUCUUAUCCUUUGGUUUUCACACCAUUUAUCAAAUUUUCAAUUUAUUUGGCCAUGGGAUGAAUGGGCUUAUGUUUUGGACCUUCCAAAAUGGGCGCCUCAACGUGUGUUUGUUCAGGAGGUUCUGGAAAGGGAAAGCAUUGAAAGUGCCCCUGCUUUGGAAGAGUUGCUUCCUCCAAAAGGCUCAAUAAACUUCAGAUACAGUUCUGCAGACGGAGAUCAAACCGAGCACGGUCUUUCCUCGGAACUCACUGCCAUGGUCAAAGAACGGUCAACUGCCCGUGCAAUCAUUUCAUGGAUUGAAGAUCAGGUGCUUCCGGCUCACGGGUGGGAUAUCACACUUAGAGUGGUAGCUCAGACUCUCCUAAACAUCGGUUCAAAAAGUUUCACUCAUUUGAUUACUGUGCUGGAGAGAUAUGGCCAGGUCAUUGCAAAAAUCUGUCCUGAUCAGGACAAGCAAGUUAUACUGAUUUGUGAACUGAGUGAGCUUUGGAAGAACAAUGCACAAAUGACGGCUAUAGCAAUCGACCGGAUGAUGGGGUAUCGCCUUUUAUCGAACAUAGCCAUUGUGAGAUGGGUUUUCUUAGAAUCGAAUGUUAACCAGUUUCAUAUAUCUGAUCGUCCAUGGGAGAUUCUGAGAAAUGCUAUUACAAAAACAUUCAAUCGCAUUACUGAUCUGAGGAAAGAGAUAUCAUCCCUCGAGAAGAGUGUUGCAUCAGCUAAAGAAGCCGCAUCGAAAGCCCUUGCUGAGUUGGAGGAUGCUAAGACAAACCUUACUCUGACUCUCGUGGAUGGUGAACCUGUUCUUGCCGAGAAUCCUGCGAAAAUGAAGCGUUUGAAAUCAAAUGCUGAAAAAACAAAAGAGGAAGAGGUUUCUACACAAGAGUCGUUAGAAGCAAAGGAGGCUCUAUUUGCACGAGCAGGCGAGGAAAUUGAGGCAUUAUUUAUUUUCUUGUACAAAAGUUUCUCGAAUGUUUUGGCGGAACCCCUUCGAGAGACAGAGGGAUCCUUGCACCAAUCCGGUGAGCCGGACGAGAUGGCCAUUGAGCAUGAAGGUGCAUCAGAAAUGGAGCUGGACAAUGAGGGUGAAAAUUCACAUAAAAGUCAUUCCAAUGGGAAAGGGACAACAAAUGGCUUUAGUGUUGGUGAAAAGGAACAGUGGUGUUUAUCAACCCUUGGUUAUGUCAAGGCCUUCACACGUCAAUACGCGUCUGAAAUUUGGCCUCUUGUUGAGAAAUUAGAAGCUGAGGUACUAAUUGAGGAUGUUCAUCCCCUAUUCCGGAAAGCUGUAUAUUCUGGUCUGCGCCGGCUCAGUGACCUCUAAUUUGUUUUUAUUUUAUUUUAUUUUAUU